CCUCCUCCUGGAUGGAGUCCGGCUGUUUGCAGGCAGCGAUGGCCAUGGGAGAUGUCUCGAAGAAAGCGUCGACCCGGAACGUGGCGGUGGAGCGCAAAAACCUCAUCACUGUCUGCAGGUUUUCAGUAAAGACAUUGUUGGAGAAAUACACGGCCGAGCCCAUUGAUGACUCAUCUGAGGAGUUCAUCAAUUUCGCAGCCAUCCUUGAACACAUCCUCAGCCACCGCUUCAAAGCUGCACCCGCUGGCUCCGGCAGCUGGUUUGAUGGUCAGAGGAGCUACUGGGACUACAUCCGCCUGGCCUGCGCCAAAGUCCCAAACAGCUGCAUCAGCAGCAUCGAGAGCAUGGAAAACAUCAGCACCUCACGAGCCAAGGGGCGAGCCUGGAUAAGAGUAGCCCUGAUGGAGAAGAGGCUGUCUGAAUACAUCGCCACCGCUCUGAGGGACGGCAGAACGACCAGGAGGUUCUAUGCAGAAGGAGCCAUCGUGUUAAGAGAGGAAGCCACAGUCCUAACGGGGAUGCUCAUAGGUCUUGGAGCCAUAGAUUUUAAUUUUUGUCUGAAAGGGGAGGCCUUGGAUGGGAAAUCUUCUGCUGUGAUUGACUACACACCAUACUUGAAAUUCACACAAAGCUAUGAUUACAUGAGUGAUGAUGACGAUCGACAGAGUGUUGACAGCAGCACGAGUGACGACAGCGUCCCUGAACACCCCUACAUCCCCCUUGUCACCGACGAGGAGAGCUUGAGCACAAAGUGUCGCAAGAUGGAGCAGAGGUUCAAGAUCGUCAAUGCUCAGAAGGGUUACCUGGAGGAGCUUGUGCGCCUGCGUGAGUCCCAGCUGAAGAACACGGAAACAGAGAACAAGAGGCUAAAGACCCGACUGGAGGAGCUGCAGAGCCACAGCCUGCAGGAGAAGAAGGAGCUGGAGGCCAUAGUCCUGGAGCUUCAGGAGCAACUGACAAGCUUGAUUCCAUGUGACUCCAGCCACCUGGCCAAAAACCUUUCAAUCCCAUUGGUCAACCAGUGGCCGACGCUCCAGCCAUACAACAGCCAAGACGACGUCAAGCUGUUCCGCAGGAGAAGUUUCCCCAGCACAGAGCUGCUGUCAGUGGAGAUCAGCCUGGAUUCAGACUCCCACAGGAUGGAGGGGAAACAGAAUGGAGGUGCCUGGUGCACAGAAAAGGACUACACCCCCUCCAUGAUGGGCCUGUGUGGGUCCUUGGCCUCCCUCCCGAGCUGCAAGUCUCUGGCUAGCCUCAAGUCCAGUGAGUGCCUGGUCAAUAUCAGCACAGAGAACAGCCCUGCCCUCUCUCCCAGCUAG